UCUUCCACUUCCAUCUCACCCAAGUCUUAGCCACUGACAACCUCCCCAAAGCCACUACUCAGAUUGCCAAAACUAAAGCCGAAGCACACAAGCAACAUCAUCAAUGGCAGCAACCAUAGCGACAAUGGCCAUGCUCAACGCCAAAUGCUUGAGCAUCAAUUCUCCCAAGAACCUCAACCUCUCCAAGCCAACCGCAAAACCCAUCUCCCUCCUCUCCAUCCAGAACCUCCCAAAAGGCCUCACCACCCUGAAAUCAUCCGAGAACCAAAACUUGUCAACUUCCCUAGCAGGUACUGCCAUCGCCGGAGCCAUCUUCUCGACCUUGAGCUCCUGCGAUCCUGCCUUGGCAGCUCAACAAAUCGCGGAGAUAGCCGACGGCGACAACCGUGGCCUCGCGCUUUUGCUGCCUAUAAUCCCAGCCAUAGCUUGGGUGCUCUUCAACAUCCUCCAACCAGCUCUCAACCAGCUCAACAAAAUGCGCAGCACCAAGGGGGUCAUCAUCGGGCUUGGCCUUGGUGGAUUGGCGGCAUCAGGGUUCAUGUUGACGCCCCAUGCAUCAGCCGGUGAAAUUGCCACGCUUGCAGAUGCUGCGUCUUCUGAUAACCGGGGACAGCUUCUGCUCUUUGUUGUGACUCCAGCUAUUCUCUGGGUUCUGUACAAUAUUCUACAACCGGCUCUGAACCAGCUCAACAGGAUGAGAUCUGAAUGAGGAAGCAUUUUGAGGGGUGCAGUGCCUUGAAACUAAUUGUAAUUUCACCUCCUAUGAAUGAACGUCUGUUUUUUUAUCUCUUGGGUUGGAUUAUGAUUGCUCAGAGAGUAUGUGUCAAUGUUGUUAUAUAUGAGUUACCAGUACAUUUUAUGUGUAAUUGUAUAUCUCAGCCCAAGUCCAUUAGAAACUAUAUAUAUGAUUUUGCAUUUUUCGAUUC